AGCUAAAAUUCUGCCACAUGGUCAACCAAGAAACUAACGCCGGUUUCCCGUACGUUAACGGACGGUUACGGCCUAGUGACGCCGAUAGGCCGGAGAAAUAUUAAAAACAAACGCAGGCCAAACAGCCGGCGUAAAACGCAACUUGGACGGAACGGAACAUAUUGCUUCAGCCUAAAGCGGCCGUUCCACGCUAACUCUCUCUCUCUCUUCCUUAAUUGAAGUAUUGAGCGCGACAACCUCUUGGUUACCAGAAAAUAUACCCCGCCUGAUCCUCUGAUACCUAUACAUUUUCUAGAGAGGGAGAGAAGGUGCAAUUAAACCUACAUCAGUCUUCAGCCGCCUUUCACGGACGCUGUAUAUUUAGAGAGAGAUUUUUUGGUUCUUCGCCGCUGUCCUUGUGCCAAUGUGGAUUGUGAGUUUUGCUGCAGAUCUGUAUUAACAGGUGCAAUCCACAUACGUUUCGAGCAUUCGCAAGUUCGGCGGUCUUGUUAAUUGCAGAGAUAUUGGAGGAUCGAAUUGUUUUUGUAGGAAUUAGGAAAUACAAUGCCAGUAGAGACCGUAUUUAUUGAGGAAGAUGGGAAGGCAAAGAGAUCUGAUGUCGAGGCUCAUGAGGAGGAGAAGAGAAGAACUCGGAGCAGAUCACUGAAGAAGAAGGCGAUGAAUGCUUCGUCCAGAUUGACACACACUCUAAGGAGACACAGUAAGCGCAUUGGUCCUUGCCGAUUCGCCUCUAUUUCGAUUGAAGAUGUUCGAGAUGAAAAGGAAGAGGAGGCUGUUAAUUCGUUUCGCCAGGUUUUGAUGGCGAAAGAUCUGCUUCCAGCUCACCACGAUGACUACCACACCAUGCUGAGAUUUUUGAAGGCAAGGAAGUUUGACCUUGAUAAGACAGUCCAUAUGUGGGCUGAAAUGCUCAAUUGGAGGAAGGAGCAUGGGGUAGACACUAUCAUUCAGGAUUUUGUAUACGGUGAAUAUGAAGAUGUUCAACGUUAUUAUCCUCAUGGUUACCAUGGUGUGGACAAAGAAGGGCGCCCUGUAUAUAUUGAAAGGCUUGGCAAAGUUGAACCUAGUAAACUCAUGAGAGUCACAACAGUGGAGAGGUUUUUAAGAUAUCAUGUGCAAGGGUUUGAGAAGGCUUUUGCUGAGAAGUUUCCAGCUUGUUCAAUUGCAGCCAAAAGGCAUAUAGAUUCUACAACAACAAUACUUGAUGUGCAAGGGGUGAGUUGGAUGAAUUUUGGCAAGGUUGCACAUGAUUUAGUUAUGCGCAUGCAGAAAAUAGACGGUGACAACUAUCCUGAGACGUUGCAUCAGAUGUACAUUGUUAAUGCUGGUAAUGGAUUUAAAUUGCUGUGGAACACAGCAAAAGGCUUUCUUGACCCAAGGACAACAGCAAAGAUACAUGUCUUGGGCAGCAAGUUCCAGAAUAGGCUGUUGGAAGUUAUAGACUCUAGCCAAUUGCCAGAUUUUCUUGGUGGAACCUGCACGUGUCCAAAUAAAGGUGGGUGUCUUAGAUCUGAGAAGGGACCUUGGAAUGACCCAGACCUGAUGAAGUUAUUAUGCAUUGGAGAAUCCAUGUACUUGAGAAACAGUAGUAGUUUUUCUGACGGGGAUGAUUUAGAAAUAAAGUCAUUUUCUAAGGUUCAAAGUAGCGAAAUAGUUCCUGCUGACUCAGGAUUACAUGCAGCAUUGUGUACCUCUGAUGCCAUGCAACCAAUACCAUCUCGAGAUAGACAAAGGGUGGUCCUUUCAUCUAUCUACAGCCUGACUGAACCAAUUGGUGGUGGGGCUAGAGUUGAAGCUUUCAGUUCAAUCACAGAUGAUUUAGCAAGUAACAUUGCAAAAAGAAGGCCGCUGAUUAAAUUCAUAUUAAGUUUGGUGACCAACUUCUUAUUCAGAUUAUUAAAAUGUAUACAUCUUUUUAUCCCUGUCUUGGGGAAUGAUCUGGAUAAGCGGCACAAACCUGAAUUGGCACAUCCAAGAUCUCAUGAGCAAUGUGUUUCCCGGUCUAAGGAAGAGCACUUACUCCAUCCAUGCUGGGAGAGGUUGCAACAUCUAGAAGCAACAAUAACUGAGCUGAUCAAUAAGCCUACAAGAAUUCCUCCAGAGAAAGAGGACAUGCUUGCUGAAUCAUUGGAUCGUAUCAAAUCUAUAGAGUAUGACUUACAAAAGACAAAGAAAGCACUACUUGCGACUGCAUCAAAGCAAGUGGAGCUUGAGGAAUCUCUAGAGACUCUAAGGGAGGACAGUAUGAAUGAACCAAAGUCUUGUUGCCCUAGAAGUUGGAAGUCUCUUUCCCAUAGAAGAUGACUGGAUCUGGAUGCAAAUUUUGCUGAAGUUGUUUGACAAUGCUCCUACUUGCUCUGAAAACAAUUUGAGAUCAAAGUUCGCUACAGCUUGUGGGUACUUUUAAAGAGUGAACUCAGCAGUUUUUCAGGUUCGCAGUUGGAGAUGGUGGCAGCCAGGCAAGAUUCUGGACUCCUUUCUCUCGUAAAGUUUUUACAACAGCAACUGAGAUUUUGCUUACUUGAAACUUUUUCUAUCGUUCUGUACAUAAUAGAGACUAUGGAUUUCAUCGUUUUGGUACAUCGUUCAUAAUGCACAUUUUAUCUCA